AUGUACUGCCAAAAAUGUCGGACGCCUUUGAAACUGGAUGGGUCUUUGGAGUCGCUGAAUCCGGCUGCGUUUGAUCUGCUUAUCGGGAGAACGUUACCGGAUCAGGGAUCUGGUUCAUCGUCUAGACCCUCUGCCUACCCCCAAGACAGACGAGAGCUCUACGACCGGGCAUCCAAAAAUGCUACGGCGCCGGUAUACCGACGGUCGAUCCCGGCACCGCGGUCGGCCAACCCGCCUCGGUUACGACACGGGGACAGCGGCAACAUGUCGUUUGUGAUGCUGACCGAGUCGCAAGUUGCGCCGCCGCCGCCGCCGCCGGCACCGCUGGUCGGGAACGACAACGGGCUGUUGCCCGCGCAGGGCGGCCCCGGGAUUCCCAACGAAGAGGAUGCGUCGUUUUCCGACCAGGUUGAGCGCACUAGGCGCCUGUUUGAGAUUAUCUCCGCCCGCUCGGAUAUCGAUCACCCUGUGUGUGCGGAGUGCACGGAGAUGCUGGUGGAUGGGCUGCAGAAACACCUGGCGGAUGCGACGAAGGAGCGGGAUGCGUACGUGUCGUUUCUACGGAACCUCAACUCGUCGGUACCGACGACGGAAGAGGUGGAGGCCGCUCAGAGAUCCCUACAGGAGACGCUGGCAGCGGAGGAGACGGCGUACGCGGAACUGGUCGACUUGGAGAAACAGAAGUCGUCACUGGAUGAGGAAAUCGCUGCGCUGGAAGAAGAGUCGCGGCAGAUGGACCAGGACGAAGAGAAAUUUUGGCGCGACCGCAACGCAUUCGCCCUGACGCUCUCCGAGUUCCAGAACGAACGGGAUGCCCUGAACAUGCGGUACGACCACGACUCCCGCCAGUUGGAGCGGUUACAACGGACCAACGUCUACAAUGAUGCGUUCUGCAUCGGCCAUGAUGGCUUCUUCGGGACCAUCAACGGGUUGCGACUGGGUCGGCUGGCCAACCCGUCCGUGGAAUGGCCGGAGAUCAACGCCGCCUGGGGGCAGACGGCCUUGCUUCUGGCCACGAUUGCGGACAAGCUGGGGUUCCAAUUCCAGGGGUAUCAGUUGAAGCCGCUGGGGUCGGUGUCGAGAAUCGACAAGAUCGAGUACCCUCGGCCCUCGCCCGCGCAAUCGUCCCUGGGGAUCGGGAAUGCGGCUCCGUCGGGCCCGCCCAAGAUCACGACAUUCGAUCUCUUCUCGUCCGGCGACCUGCCUCUCAACAUCCCCUGGCUUCACCGCCGGUUUGACUCAGGGAUGGUGGCGUUUCUGGCAUGCCUGCAGCAGCUAGGGGAAUUUGUGGAGAAGACCUCAGCCCAAAAUCCCCCCGGGCGCCGAGGCCAGGCCACCGCUGCCACGACUCCGGGCUUGAGGCUGCCGUACGAGAUCAAACGGGACAAGAUUGGCGAUGCCAGCAUCAAGUUGGGCUUCAACCAGAACGACGAGGCGUGGACGCGAGCCUGCAAGUACACGCUGACCUGUUGCAAAUUCCUUCUGGCGCAUGCCAGCAAUGUGGCCAGCGCAGGAACCAGCUCCAGCAAUUCCGCCGCCGUCGCCGCAGCGGCCGUCGAGCAGGCCCGACUAGCCACGACUAGCCCAUCUAAGAAAUAA